GACGCGCCGACGCCGCCGGGGUGUUUCUGGUCAGACAGAGCUGAGGGACGCUGAGACGGCGGGUUACACGGCGCUCUUCCUCAAGACUCAGUACAGUUGAACAGCUCAAAUCCUCACAGCUAUGUACAUAUCUGAACAUCUGAAGAUGUGUCACUUCUGAAAGGUGGGGAACAACACAUGAAAUAGACCUGUGCACUCCAAGGAGGAAGAGAAAUUUGCAGAGAGGCAGAUAUCGGAAUAUUGUAAUGGCAAGUACUCAGACCAGUUUAAAAACUGCUUUCAAAGACUUGACCUCAUUAAAGAGCAGCACACAGAGGCCCUAUAGAGAGAGGCUUGAAGAUGCACCAAUCAAGAAGAGAGUCAUGGCUGAGAUCAACCUAAAGCGGAGGUUCGUGGAGUCUUCUCCCAGGACCCCCAAGGUCAAGAAAGAGCGUGUGGAAGAAUGUCCCGGAGACUCUAGCUUGGGAGGCGAUGGCAGUGUGAAGCGGCAGCUCUUGGCAACCUGCGGCGCCAAGGCCCUGGAUCUUAGUCCUGGACUCAAACACACGCUGGCCCAGUUCACAUUAAGCAGCCAGAGCUCGCUGGGGGGGCCUGCUGCCUUCUCGGCCCGCAGCGGACAGGAAUCCUCCACCGGCAUUAUGGCACCCCUACCUUCUCCGCCUGUGCUGGGAGGGGGGCCCCUCCUGGUGCCCUGUGACAGCUCUACUGAACUCACCCACUCCUUGCUAGAGGGUGAGUCCAUCUCUUGCUUUGUGGUAGGGGGUGAGAAGAGACUUUGCCUGCCCCAGGUGCUCAACUCAGUGUUGCGUGACUUCUCACUGCAGCAGAUCAAUGCAGUGUGCGAUGAACUCUAUGUCUACUGUUCCCGCUGUGAUGCUGAGCAGCUACACAUCCUCAAGGUGCUGGGCAUUCUGCCCUUCAAUGCUCCCUCCUGUGGGCUCAUCACGCUAACUGAUGCCCAGAGGCUUUGCAAUGCCCUGCUGCGGCCUGGUCACGCCCUCCCUCAGGAUUCGACCCUCAAGCUACCUGCUCAGGGUCUCUUGAAGGAGAGUGAAGCUAGCUUCCAGGUAGAGCAUCAGUGCUUGGGCAAGGCCCAGGGCCUCUUUAUACCCCAGUUCUACACCCAGCCCGAGGCCCCGUGCAUCCAGUGCUUGGAGUGCCAGCUGCUCUUCUCCCCAGAGAAGUUUGUGAUGCAUUCACACAAAUCGCCCGACAAGAGGACCUGCCACUGGGGCUUUGAUUCGGCCAAGUGGCCCUGCUACCUGCAGCUUGGACGCAAGUAUCUGGGCACCGCGGAAGAGGCUCCGCUUAAGCAGCUACUUGAGGAGAUGAAGGAGAAAUUCCAUUACCAGCUGAAGGUCACGCUGGACAAGAAUACUGCUGAUGAAGACGGACUGGGGAGGGGCACAACCUUCAACCUCUGCUCCCCCAUGGACAAGCUGCCACAUGGCGACCUAGGCAGGAAGGGUAAAACUCCGCCGACCCUAAUUUUCAACCGCUUGUAUCCUGAAAUCAAAGAGGAGCCCAACCAUAUGGCUAUAAUUCACCCCAGUUACUACCUGUACACCUGUGACAAGGUGGUGGCACCCAAUGUGUCCCUGCCCCACCCCCUCAGGAAGGAGGGCAAUGUCAGUGCAGAGCUGCUGGGGGCUCUGCUCAAACACCACCGCAGUGGAGCACGGCCAGUCUCCGACACAGAAACUCACACGGCCAGCUCCUGCACCCCCGCUGAGGCUGCCAGAACCCAACGUGCCAGCGAGUGCGAGGAUGAGCUCGAACCCCCUGCAGUCGCCAUGGAAACACUCCGGGUCGAGAAGGCCCGCACGCCCACGCUGGCGAAGGACGCGGGUGUGGAGGACGACAAGGACAAGAUUGUGGUGGAGAUUGUGCAGAUGUACACCCGACAGCAGGAGAAGCUCAAUGCCACACUUCACAAGCAGAGACAGCUGGAGAUGGAGCUGGAGGCGCUGCGCGGGGGCGAAGCGGCUCGGCUCAGGGAGCUGUCGGUCGAGCGGAGCGAGCUGCAGAGCGAGCUGGAGGCAGCCCACACUGAGCAUGCCCGGAGGAUGGGGGAGGUGCAGGAGGAGCAGCAACGACUAGAGAGGCGGCUUGAACGGCUGAGACAGCAGCCCUGCGCUUGCGAGCCCAACGCCCACGGAGAACAGGAGGCCCGCUAUGCUGCGCAGUUAACAGAGCUGCGGGUGAGACUGGAUCAAGCGGAGGCAGACCGUGAGGAGCUGCAGGAGGCGCUGCGGCGUGAAAGGGAGGCACGGGAGAAUCUUGAGGGAGUCAUUGCCCAGCUUCGACAGCAGAUGGCUGAGUCGGCCAGCCCGAAUAACCCUAUUGCCCAGCCAGAGCUGACGAACCCCCCUCCUGUGACAACAGACCCCCCAGCUACAGCCGAAGAUGGUGGUCAGAACUAGAAUAGCUGCCACAGAUGCCAACAAUGCCAUUGAGGAAAAGCAGAGCUGUCACUUAUUUCCCUUCUAGCUCAUUUUUGUUAACGUACUCUCUGUUGUUGACUGUCUUUAACAUUUGACCUGGAUGAGGGUUCCCUGUUCCCACAACAGUAUUUAAACUUUUAUUACCCACUGGGUUUUUUUUGAAUGUCACUGUUUUCCCAUGCAGGAGGUUGCUUUUUGGUGGAACUUCAUCCUCCCUCCUCCUUGCUUCCAGAUCUCUAUAACCCAGUGUUGGACUGGCCAUGGAUCACUUCCUUACCAUCUAGCCUGCUGGGCUAUGUGACAUGUGGCACCUCCCUAGAUUCUGUACAUGCAACCAAGGCUCUGCACCAGCAUCUGCAGGAAACUGCAAAGCAUGGACACAUCUAUUUUUUAACUUGUUAACACAAAGAAAAAUACGAUUAGAUAGAUAUAAUAAAACUGUAUGAUAAGCUUCAUGGUAAAGAACAUGGAAUUGUCAGAAUUAAUGCAAAACAUUACCCAUAGGUUUGAGGUAGACUAUUUCUUAGGAAGUAUCAUGACUCAGAGCCUUUCCCUUAUGCCUGGUCUCAGGUUCACACAGUACCUAGGAAUGUGAUCCAGGUCCAGAAAUGCAGUCUGGUGUGACACAGCUGCUUGGAGUGGAUUUUGUGCAUUUUCGUUACCUUUUUGUUUCCGCUGGUUUGGAGAAUGUUUGUCGCUUGACCUGGGGCACCUGUAUGUAUUGAGGAUGGUGCUGUAAAUGGACAAGAAAGGGAAAGAGCAGUCAAAAUAAUACAAGACCUAAGCAUAGUUCCAUACAAGUGGGCAUGAUUGAAGACCAUUGAAUAUCUUGCAUUCAUCUGGAAACCCAAAUGAAAUUUCCACGUAAAAACAAAAUGGCUGCAUUUUGGGUCAUCCUACCCACUGAACUGUGAAGACCUGACUGUGAUGGCCGUGUUCACAUUGGCUAUCUGGAAUUAUUUGCUCGGCUUUCGCCAGGCAAGUAAGGAAUGAGUUAAUAAUAAUGCAUAAAAGAGGCCCAAACUUUGAAAAGAAAGAGGUCCUUGACUGAGGCCAUUAUUUUGCCAUGAUUUUUUCAAAGCUGGUUUUUGCUGCUUUGUUUUCUAUCCCCUCUUUAAGUGUUCAUCGUGUUAUGAAAAUGUGGGUGAGAGGUGGAAAGAAUGAGUCGGCACGUUGUCCUCUUUAGAGCCCUAAUGGUGGUUAUCCUGACUCAGUGGGCAGUCACUUCUGGCUUUUGGAAAUGCACUGGGGAGACCACAGACUGGCUUCCCCCCAGUGCAUGUCUGGGAGAGGUGGGGGAUGCUGUGUCAGAGCAUAUCUGUACCUUCUGCCAUCUUUGGACACAUCCAGGAGACUUUAUGCAUCCACCUCUUCUGCCAAAUUUACAAAAAAUGUGUAAUGUGAGAACAUGGGUAGAUAAUGUUCAUACAAACAUUUAAUUAUCUAGUAUAAUGGUGUCAUCUCAAAAGCAGUAGCUAAUAGUAGUAUACAAGUAAUCACCUCAAAAUAAGUGAUUUAUUGAAGUGUUCUGUCUUUACUGACUAGUUAUGCAUAUGCAAAGAGUUCAUUGAAACAUUCCAUUGUAUGUAAACCACUGUAUUGAAAACCUUCUUUUAAAUGACAAAAUCCCACCCCCAUUCUCAAACUUUCUUUUACAAUACAAAUAUUUGUGUCAAUUUAUUCACAAACACUAGAUCUCUUCAUAUUUUUUGUAAAAACAUACCAGCUCAUAUUCAUUUCUCAAAUGA